GCCUCCCCUGGCGGCUGCUUUCCCCCAGCCCCAGUUCCAGUCCCUGCAAACUCCCAUUCCCUUCUGGUUUCCUCUCAGAAACCCCAGAAGCAGGAUCCCCGAAACAUUCUCUCUCGGCUUCCUCUUUGUCCUACUCUGAGCUAAGAAAAGCUCCCUUCUCUCCCUUUCCCGGGAAAAGGCAGUCUUCAAUUCCCACCCUCCCCCCGCAAGAAAAAUAUCGAAUUUUUCAUUGGAAAAAUGCUUUCUAAAAGUCAAUUAAUUCGGGUUGGAAUCAAACCCCAUUCCCAGAGUUUCCUUAAAGACUCCAAAUCUUGAAGAUUUACCUCCUGACCCCACCUUCCCCCCCAAAAAAAUAAAAUCCGGGAAAAAAAAAGAAGUUCCCUCCAGGCGCAGAGCUUCCCAGAAGAGAGAAAGAGCUGGCAAGCUGACCCCUGAACUAGGGGCCAGCUGAGGCGAAAUGUGUCGGAGGCAGAGAAAGGUGAAGAAAAGAUUUGGAGUUAUUUCGCAAAGGAUCUGGCAAUUCAAGGACGCUUAAAAAACUAAAGCCUGGACAUUGAGUUUUCUUCUGCUGGGACUCAGCUAUAAGGGCAAAAAUACAUCUUUCUUCACUUGCCCCUCAUCAGCACCCCAAUCCUCCUUCUCUCUCAGAUUCCCCUUCACACUCCUAAAUCUGGUUGAAGAGCAAAGUUCACCCCGGUCUUUCUCCCUGCUGGGCUUCCCUCCUGCCUUGCUUAGAAAUCCUGAUCCAAAUUGGGGAGGAAAUCCUUUCCCCAGUGAAUUGGAAUGUUGAGAUGGGGUCUUCAAGAGGAAUGAAAAGCCAAGAAGAUUCCCCAAACUCCAGACAUCCCAGGCAGCUACCAGAGCUUUGAUUUUUCUCAAUCCAGGGCAGAGAUUCGGGAAGGAAGGAAAGAAGGAAGGAAGGAAGGAAGGAAGGAAGGAAGGAAGGAAGGAAGGAAGGAAGGAAGGAAGGAAGGAAGGAAGGAAGGAAGGAAGGAAGGAAGGAAGGAAGGAAGGAAAGAAUGUGAUUUGGAGUUGGGGGAAAAGGAAUGAAAACCAACAAAUACCCUAAUGGGAUCUCCUCCAACUCAGAAAUUAUGCCCUGCCCUUCUUGAUUUGGGACCUCUUCUGGCUGGCUGCUCCCCCAGAUCUCUCUGCUCCCCAAAGUCGUCUCCCUUCUCUAUCAUGUUCCCCCCCUCUUUCUCCAAAGAAACCCACACUUUGUAGAGUUUGACUUUUAGGGAUCUACUCCAGAAGACCUUAGGCCUUAGGAAGUGUCUGCCUGCAGACACCUGCCCCGAAGGGUAGAAAAUAUUUAUGGGGAUUUUUGCAAAUCCCAUUUUCCUGUGACUUCACAUAAUAUCUAUUUUCUAUGCAUAUAAAUACACAUUGAAUACAUGUGUGUUACAUUCACAUUGAUACCACUUUCUUUAUUCAAACCACAUUCGUUUACAGGCUUUUGUGUCUGACUUCUCAUAAAACACCCAUCACCUAUAGUACCAUCACUAAAUUACUCUAAUUCCUACUGUGGGUUUGGAUAUGAGUAUGUGUAGAGUGACGUCUAAUCAAAAUGAUUUUCUCCUUACCUCCAAGCCCUUGUUAGACAUCCUCUCAGUCUACUUUGGCUUUCACAACACCCACCUCAGCUUCCCCAACUCUUAUAGAACCCGGCAUUCCCCUUCCCCAAAUAUCCCUGAGUGGCUGGACUCCCCCUUCCAAAUCUUGUCGUUUUGGAAACCUAAUCAGCUCUUUUUGUUCCUCCUCCUUUCCCAAGGCAAAAGAUUUAGGUCCUUUUAAUUAGGAAACGGGGAAAUAGAUCCACUUCCCCACUAAAUGAAGGGUUUAGCAUCUACUCCCCUUUCAAUUCUUCCCCCUUCUCCAACACACGCACAAAUUCCUGUAAACUAGCUCAUUCCAGCGAACCUAGAAGGCCCUGGGGAAGGGAGGGGCGACGAUCUAUUCAGAAAAGCCCCUCUGCGCAUCCUAAAUGAGGCCCCAUCUUUCCUUAAAAUUAAAUACAAUUUAAAAGGCCAACUCAGGGGGGUUUGUGUAAAACAGCACAGCUUCUCUUCGCUAGGGUAGAAAAAUCCACCCAGGAGAGGCGAGGAUGACAAGCCAGGAUGCAAUACUGCCGAGCCUACGCCAGGUGUCGCUGUGGACUCGUUGUCCCCGCUACCCCCUAAUUCCACCAACCAUUUUUUUUUUUCUCCCCCUUCUCUCCCUUUCUCUCGAUCCCUCUCCCCUCGGUUGGGCUGUGCCAACAUAUCAAGAUGCGUUUCGCCGGCUUCCAUCACUAACCUCCCGGAGGUCAUCAAGCCAAAUUUAUGAGUGGCCGCCCGAGUCACGUGACUCUAUUUAAGGAUCCCUUAUUUGGAAAGCGCGCAUAGGAUAAAGAAAGAGAUAUCUCCACCUAUAAAUUGUGCACUUUGGAGAACAAAAAACCCCUCAACUUCAAAGAGUCACAAAUCACCCUUAAUCAAAAAGGGUGCAGAAAUUUUUUUCGUCCCUCCCCGCCAUGAGCUCCUACGUAGCCAAUUCAUUCUAUAAGCAAAGCCCUAAUAUUCCUGCCUAUAGCAUGCAAACUUGUGGGAACUAUGGAUCUGUCUCAGAGGUGCAGCCAUCCAGGUACUGCUACAGUGGAUUGGACUUAAGCAUCACUUUCCCACCGCCUGCUCCUUCCAACUCUCUUCACGGGUUAGACAUGGCUGCCACUCCUAGACCUCACCCAGACCGACCCGCCUGUACCACGGUGGCAGCUCCGGGACACGCUCUGGGCAGAGACGAACCGGCUCCUCUAAACCCCGGGAUGUACAAUCAGAAGGCGGCUCGCCCGGCGCUGGAGGACAGAUCUAAGGGGAGUGGGGAGAUCAAGGAAGAACAGGCUCAGACUGGGCAGCCCGCAGGACUGAGCCAGCCACCGGCCCCGCCACAAAUAUACCCGUGGAUGACCAAACUCCACAUGAGCCACGAGACAGACGGCAAGCGAUCCAGAACCAGUUACACGCGCUACCAGACUUUGGAAUUAGAGAAAGAAUUUCACUUUAACCGCUACCUCACCCGCCGAAGGCGAAUUGAGAUCGCCAACAACUUGUGUCUCAACGAGAGACAGAUCAAGAUCUGGUUCCAGAACCGAAGGAUGAAAUGGAAGAAGGAUUCCAAAUUAAAAAGCAAAGAGGCUCUUUAAAGGGAAGAGGGAGAUGUGGGAUAUGACAAUCCCUUCAAAUAGUUUCUCUAGUUGGCUUGAAUCUACCUUGGGGAAACUUUUCAUUUUCUUUUUUCCUGUUUUUUUUUUCUUGUUGUUGUUUGUUUGUUUGUUUUGUGUGUGUGUGUGCGUGUGUGUGUGUGAAAAUUUUUUAGGAGUGGGAGUAGAGGUAUAUGUGUGUGUGUUGGAGCUGGGAGGAUUUGUCACGGACUCUCCCAACCCUGCAGACAAAAGCGGUUUUCGAUUAGCAUUCAGCUUUCCAACUGCAGCUUGGCUCAGAGUGUGCAGUUGUGUUCAUUCACUUCUUCAGUCUGUCUCCCUAAAUCCUCCGGGCGACCCAAUAACCCAGUGAAAUCUCCGUAGGGGGUCUAACUAAAAUUAUCUAGACAUAUCAGACCGGGACUGUCUGAUGGCUAAGUGUGGGGAAAGAGAGAACUCUUUGCCUUCGAAAUCCUUUUCCCGAAUCUCGCCGCCACCAGUUAAGGAAGCAGCCAAGAACCCCCUACCCCCAGCAUCUUGUCCCCUUCAUCUCUGGCUACAUUUCCUGACGGAGAGGCUGGCAGUGGUCUGUUCGGGGUUGGGUGAUUUCAACUCCGUCCCUGCAACUUCUUUGGGGCAGAGUCACCUCCUUUGGGCUCGAAAUGUGUUAACCCCCCCCCCCUUCAGUCGACCUCCAGCCUUUCUUUGUUCGAGGGGGCCCUGCUACAGAGCUGGCGUUGGGACCAGGCCCAGGCCGUAUCUUUUCCUCAGUGCGUAUGGGUGAUGGUCUGAUUGUGUGCGUGAGUGGGUUAUUUUCUGGGGGGGUAUUUUGUUUGUUAAACUAGAUUUUCAUUAUUUUUUUAUGAUUUACAUAUGAAAGGGGAAAAAUUUUAAUGAACUUUGGACUCCCUCUUUGGGCCCUCUCAAUGUCCCUAAGCAUUCUUCCUUUCAGUUUUGGGAAAAACGGACACCCCAAACCAGUUCCCCGCAUGCCAAGGGCCGUCUCCCCGGAGUCCCUGCACUGUUUGUAUGUAUUGGGGUCUACUUUCAUGUGAUAUGCUCUCUGACUCCAGUAUCAACUCUUGGUGACCAUGUAGUCCUUUCCUGGCAACUUUUUUUGGGGGAAAUUCCCCCGUCACCCACCUAUUUAUUGACUCCGGGUCCAUUAUGAAACUAUAUUUUGUCAUAUUGAAUAAAGACCAAUAGACAUAAAAUCCGAAGACAGACA